UAUAUUAUUUUAAUCCAAAUGGCAGAGAAUGUAAAGAUAUUUUCUCAUUAUUUCAUAGUUCGAAUUGGCAGCAGAAGAAGUUAAAUCAUUCGUUGAUAAAUUGAAUGACCAAACAAAAUUGUAGAUCUAUGGAUUAUACAAGUAAGCAACAGUUGGUGACAUUGAUAUUGGUAAUUUCUCAACCUUAUAAAUCAUUUUAGGCAAACCAGGAAUUCUUGACUAAAAGGGAAGAGCAAAAUGGGAUGCUUGGAAUGCCAAUAAAGGAAAGUCUAAGGAAUAAGCCAAAGCUGAAUAUGUGUAAGUGGUCAAAGCCAACGCCCCUGCUGAUAUUGCAAAAAACUUAUGAGAGUAUGAGAAUGACAAUAUCAUAAUCAAAUUUUACAUAAUCAUCUAUUAUCUAGUUGAC